UUAGAAUAAGAUUUUCCCUUAUACUUUUCACCAACUGGAAAACUUGUAUUCUGUUUAAAUUGUACAAUUGAAUAAGGAAAGAUCAGGAUUUCUAAAUAUCAUAAUUCAUUAUUAUACCACAAACGUCCUUUAUUACAAAAACAUUAUGGUGCAUGAUUAGCAGCAAUGAAUUUACAUAAUAUUUUUAUAAUAUAAAAAUACAUGACAUGUAGAAAAAUUAUAACAACAAUAGAUACAAUUUAGGCUCACUCAACAUCUGAAUCUUCAUUUUCUGCUUUUUUAAGUAAUUUCCACUGUUCUGCAGCUUUCAGAGCUUCCAUUGCUAUUUCACGUAUUUUGGUCCGAUCCACUUCUUCAUCUCUGACCAUUGUAAGAGCUAGCAGAAUCUCUAUAAUGUCUGUGUCAGCUAACCGUUCUGCAACUUCUUUACUACUUUGCAUCAUAUUGCACACAACUGCAACACCACGAUGCUGAAUAUCCUUAUCAUCGUUGGCAAGAAUUAUACGUAAUGAAUCAUGCCAGGUUGAUGCUUCAAAAACUUUCUUGCAUAUUUUCUUGCUUGUAGAGGUCAUUAUGGCUAGAGCACCUGCAGCAGCUUUUACUGUGUCUACAUCCUCUUCACCACACAAUAAAACAAGGAAUUUUGCACGGUCGUUACCAGCUUCAUAUAUUUGAACAACUUCUUCUGACAUAGCCAAGUUUGUUAUUACUUGAGUGGCUGCCCGACGGAGCAUUUCGUGUUCUUCAUACAUGUAUGAUUCAAUUUUCGGAACUCCUCCUUCCUUCACUAUUCUUUUUCUUACAGUUUCAUUCAUUCCUGCUAAAUUGCAGAGGGCUAGGAGAGCUUCAAAAUUUUCAAGUCCUGAGCAUUCACAAUGCAAAAGUGUCAGUAGAGGACGCACUACUUCCAAGCAUCUUUGACCAGGAAACGCUACUUCUGGAUUAAUUGUUAUACCAAUACGAGCCAAUGCCUGGGCAGCCUGCUUUUUACCUUUAUCUGUUCCAUCAAGUGCCAUUUUCAAAAGUACUUUUGCUCCACCUUGUUGCACAACGAUCCCUCGAAGAUCUUGCAGUGAACAUAAGGCAUUGAACACCCUACUUAUUAACUCUUUGCUAUUAGCACUCUCUGUUUUUGACAACGCUACUAACGCACUAGUAACUCCUUCUUUAGCUAGUACUUCCAAACGUUUGUUGACAAAGUCUGGAUCAUCCAAUUCAUGAUCUUGAGGAAUAUGAUGUUUUGCAAACUUUGCUAAUUCAAUCAUUUCAGGAAUUACCUCUUGUUUGUCAUAUGCAUUGGCUAAAUUCACUAAAGUAGUUACAACGCCAUACACAGCAGAUUGAUUACCACUUCGAGCCAGUUCCAUCAUUGACUGAAUUGCCUUCCGAUCUUCUAUCAGUUUUUCUUUCACAUCUGCAUCAAGAGUUAAGUACGAUAAACCUUCAACAGCCCACCGUCUCAUAUCUUGAUCUUUAGAUGGAUUUAUGAGGAAACGACGACAAGCUUCAGCCAGUUUCGCUGUAGAUCCCUCAGCAAAAGGCCUUAUUGAUGCAUCUGUUCCUCCACUACUCCCUAGUUUACAUAAACCAACCAGGGCACGAACUCUAAUUCCAUCAUCUUUAGACUGAUACAAUUUUUUUAGUAUGUUGACACCUUGGGAAAUUAUUGCUUUGACCUUAUCUUUUUUGGAAGCAGCUGCAAUUAUACACUCGCAUGCAACUUUUUGCUGUAACACAUCAUCAGUUCCAGCCAUGACCAAUAUCAUUUCCAUGAUUCCCUCUUUGGCAAGCACAGUAUUACCAAUAUCCAGUGGGCCAAGCAAAAGUGUAGUCAUAGCAACGACCACACGAACUUUAGAUUCAAUAUCCGGUGUUAAUAAUUUAUCCUUUACAAACUCACUUACAUUAUUUAAGUAUCUUUCCUUAGCCUGGUCGUAGUACAUGUUUUCAUAUAUUCGAGCCAAACAAACUGAUACAAUUGUACGAGUUGAAUCUGUCACCUCCAUUGCAGAUUCAUACUUAUAUUCUUGCAGUUCACUAGCUACUUCCAUAAGACGUUGUAAACCUUUAAUUUCUACUAGUCGUUCAGCCCAGUCUAAGGCAGUGUAGUGAACAUUGCGAGUAAUUAAUUCCAAAACAGCAUUUCUUGCCAGACCUGAUAUUAUGCGACUUGUUGUUGAGUAUAACAAACAUGAUAACAAAGUAUCUAUUAAAAUUUUAUUUUCUGCAACUUUUUCUGGAUCUGGUUUACUGUCAGGCUUAUUUUCCAUUCCUGACAGAGCAUUCAAAAUUGUUUGGAUACAAUAUUGAGCUGCAUUUACUUGAUCUUCUUUUGGACUAUUCAGUACUUCCAGAAACCAUGGCAUACCUGCUUCUGAAAUCAUAUCCUUGGUACGUGUAACAUUAUUUAAACAAAGCUCACUGAUAACUCUAAUAGCAUUAAUAAUUAUUUCAUCUUUCUUUUCAAACUUGAGCAAGCGGACUACUCGAGGCACUACUCCUUCAUUAAACAUCAUUUCUGCCCCUGCACGUUCUCGAGAGAGAACUACUAAAUUUUUAAUGGCCGUUUCCCUUUUUUCAUUUUCUGCUUCCAUAUCAAAUACAAUUUCGCACAUCUGCUUCACCUUAUUGCUUGUCUGAGCAUUUUCUGUCAAUCUCUGCUGAACAAUUUGAUGAAGUCGCUGCAACACAGGUUGUAUGGCCUUGUUUGUAGGAUCAACAGAAAGAACUUGUCUUGCAUCACGAUAAGCUUCUUCAUAUCUUUCCAAAUUGUCCAAAGCUUGACAUCUCCGGAAGAGGGCUUUAGGAUCAUUAGGCGAAAUUUCUAGGGCUGUAGAACAGUCAUCAUACGCUUUUUGAUAUUCUAGUUUUUUCAAAAAUGCUGCAGCACGGUUCUUUAAAUACACUGCCUUAUCACUGUUAUCUUCUUUAGAUGCUUUAAUAGCUUUACUGUAACACACAAUUGCCUUAUCCCAUUCUCCUUCUUUAAAUGCAAUAUUUCCUUGUUCUUUCCAUUGCUCAGGUUCUUCGAUCACAGAUUCUUCAGAUUUCGUCAUUUUAACACUGUCACUUGCCUCAAUUCAAUGCCUCUCCACUCUCGAACCUAGAGCUUUUAUACUGAAUCAAAAACAGCGGGGUCGCACUGUAAAUUGCGUCAUAUGUGUCCCGAUAUGACCGAGAAUUGAUGUUGCUAGAAACUUCUCGUUUCACAGGCAACUGCGAUAGAAUCUAUUUCGGAGCACACCUUCAAGACUCUUCUGGACCAACAGUAACCUGUAUUUAUAAAUAGACGACAAUAUAAUUCAGCACUAAUCUUACUUGAUUUCGUAUUGGCAUAUCGAAAUAUUACUAGAAAACACGUUUUUCAGGACUUUCUAGUGUCUGUAGUAAUAAGCAAUCAUCUGCUUUUUGGAUUCAGGUUUUAAAUAGACAUUAAUCGGAACACUUCUUUUCAAGCACAAGUGCCGCUAUUGACACACAGGUCAAGUUAUCAAUAAAACUAUAAUCUCGUCUUUAGUAUAUCUCAUAUUUUUCGAUAAAAAUUAUUGAAGUGAUGAAAAUAUUUGAUCUUAAUCAUUGAAAUAUAAAAACUCAAUGCAAAAUAACGCACACGUGUGCAUUAUGAGGUCGAGUCUUUGACAACUGGCCCAAGUGAGUACUUUCGUUUACAGCCACAAACGGGAAAGUUCUUUCAUUUCAUACUUCAGGCUCUUGGGGCUAAACCUUAUUUAAAAAGUUCCGUUGCGCAAGGAAACAAAAAAUACGCACUAUACUACUUAUAUAGAUUAAUGAGGCCACACGGAGCUGGAGAGACCAGGAGAGACGCUCUUUCGGCUUUCAGCUCUUAGUUCAUCUGUCACACAGUGUUUGGAGACGUGCCACGCCUACAUCUCAAUCUGCCAAUGUACACGAAACAAAUUUUGUAGUACAUGCACACUACGCAUUGCAUAGAAUGAAUCAAUGUACAUAUUCUCAAAAAAUAUGCUAAUAAAACAGUACAUAAUUUAUGUUUAUUAUAAUAUAAAAAACUCACAUAAAUCGUUGUUUGAAUGUUUAAAUUUCAUUUCAUUCUGUACGGUUUGUCACACAUGCUUCGCAACAGCAUUUGAAGAGGUAUCCCAGAAGGAAACCUAACCUCGCAGAUAAAUACGAAUUUACAUAUGAUCACAGAUCACUCUUACAUCAUAUCGGCUCUAUUCAGGUGUCCGAGCCACAUAGUCGCGUAAUAUACCUUGAAAUGGCCUGUUAAUUAAAACUAUUUUAGAUUGCACUUCAUGCUUGCUUCCUAAAUAUCAUAAAGCCGAAUUAUAUUUACUAUCAUCAAUUAGCAUGUCCAUAUAUUGGGAAGAAUUUUAUUCCACCCAUGCCGCUCCUGCCGAUUUUGGAGACAACAAAGCACGAAUGGAAGAGUUCACAGCACGCCAUCUCGCGAAGAUGGGGAAAAUUGCCUUAAUAACGUCAGGUGGAACUACUGUGCCAUUGGAACACAACACGGUCAGAUUUGUGGACAAUUUCAGUGCAGGAACUAGAGGAUCUGCUUCUGCAGAAUAUUUUCUCCAGGAAGAUUAUGCUGUCAUAUUCUUAUACAGGUUUAAAUCUCUUGAGCCAUUUGUGCGUCAUUUCAUGGGACAGAAAUUCCUUGAUCUACUAGAAAUAACUAAAAAUGAAGGAGCUUCAUCAAUUCAAGUCAAAACAAAUGUCACAGAGGAGGUGUUACCGAUUUUGCAGCAGUACCAAGCAGUGAAAAACUCUCAGCAAUUGCUGUGUGUAGGGUUCACAUCUCUUGCUGAUUACUUAUGGCUUCUACGUGCUGCUUGUGAACUAUUGACUCCAUUCAAGACUCGUGCUCUUCUAUAUCUUGCAGCAGCUGUAUCCGAUUUUUAUAUCCCGUCUCAUCAGAUGCCCACUCACAAAAUGCAAUCUGAUUCUGGACCACCAACAAUUUCGUUGCAACUUGUCCCCAAAAUGCUGAAACCAUUGGUGAGUUUAUGGGUGCCUGAAGCAUUUGUUGUUUCCUUCAAAUUGGAAACUGAUGAGACGAUAUUAAUAAGUAAAGCUCGAGGGGCACUGGAGAAAUAUAAUCAUAAGAUGGUUAUUGCUAAUAUACUACAAACAAGAAAGCAGAAAGUUGUAGUUGUAACAUCAAAUACAGUUACAGAACUAUUACUCACACCAGAAGAAAUUCAAUCUGAUCUAGAAAUUGAAGAAAAGAUUGUUAAAUUUGUGACUAAAAAUCAUGCUGUAUUUUGUUCACCUUGAUAUACAUUAUAGCUGUGUAUAUAAGGACUAGUUAGACAAGUCUGAAGAACUUGCGUCUGUAAAUUGAAAUCACAAUGUUGCACACUUAAAAUUUUAAUUUUUUAAUAAAUGAAUUUGAAUAUUUUUAA